AUGGCCGCUGUGUUCAUUCCCCCUUCGCCACAGCCCACCCUGAACAUGUCGACUCGCCGACCGCUCGCCAAUGUGCCGAAUGCCACCAAUUCUCCCCACAGGUCCGGCCUCGUGCCCGCCAAACGAGCUCGACCAACUCAAAUCGAGAUUCCCUAUGGCCAGCCCCCGCCAAAGAAGCAGGUGACAGAGACGGAUGCCCGAUCUCCUACGCGGACCAAGUCCAUCUCCACGGCCUAUCAGGGUGCAGACUCGAGGCAGCUCUUCGCUGCGCGGCGGUCCAACAACGCGACGCCUAGUGCCUUUGAAAAGAAGCUCGUCGCGGCCCGGGAUAAGGAUCGGCCGCCCCAGACGAAAGCUGCUAAGACGGAGAAGCCCUCGGCGGAGACGCUCGAUACAAUUCGUCAAUGGCAGAGACACUACCGCAAGGCGUUCCCGCAGUUUGUCUUUUACUUUGAUAGCAUCCCGGAGGAUGUUCGACGGAAAUGUUCCCGCCAAGUUACUGCCCUCGGAGCUCAAGAGGAGAAGUUCUUCUCGCGCCUAGUCACCCAUGUGAUCACAUCGCGUCCCAUUCCCCCCGAAGCCGCCAACACAAGCCCGACCGAGUUGGAGGCAGAGCUGGUGAAUGGAGAUGGCCACAUGCAAACGGUCAACCCAUCGUUGUUGGAAAAGAAUGGUGACUUGCAUUUGCAUGCCUCACUGAAAAGUGACACACGCCGUGAGCAGAGCAAUAUGGAUAUCCUCCAGAGAGCCAGACAGAUGGGCAUGAAAAUCUGGGCACUGGAAAAAUUGCAGCGUAUGAUUGCCACGAUCAAUGACAGUGAGAUUGGCGGCCAGCAUGAUAGUGCCGCUCGUGGUAAAGCUGCUGGUGGGAGUACCGCGCAUGGAAAGGGCGACAAUGACCUCUCUCGAGUCCUGCGCCAAGAAAUGUUGAAUGGACCUUCGGACCGUGAUCCCUUGUCGUCGAUGGAGAUGAUCAUGUUCAAGGGAUCGUUCAUCUACAUUCACGACAUGAACGAGAAAACCAAGCCAGUUAUGGUCAAGGAAUACCCGCGGGUUCCCAGACGGCAGGAUGGAAUUUGGCCGCAGUUUAGAAGUGCGCCUCUGGGUAAAUGCCCUUUCAUUGACGAGCCUCCAAGCAGGAAGGACUAUGACAGUCACCGAAUUCGUGAACACAAGGAGAAGAAAGCCGCCAUGCGCAAGACCCAGGAAUCUCGAGGCACCAGGGAAACCAAAGCGGCGGCUCCCGAGGGAGCAGCAGGCUCCAAGGCCAAGGAUAUGGCCAAGCCUGACACUAGCGAAAGCCAGGGACGGCGUAUAUCCCCUCCAAUUCAGGCAGAGAUACCGGCAAAGCUCUCACUAGACGGCCACGAGCGAAAGAGUUCUGAAAGCUUCAUCCCACCCCACUUUCCUCGGACCGGUCCCUUCUACACUGGUCGUGAACCUGCCGCAUCUGGUGUGCAACCGUCCAACAUCACCUCGGCCAUUCGCUCCCAGAUGAUCUCCUCGACUGCUGCAGGACCAGGCGCCAAGGCAGGCUUGAGUAAGGAAGUUCAUGGCUUGCAGCGAAAGGUCCUUGAAAAAGGUGCCGGUGGUCCUCCAACGGGCUCAAUGGCAGCUCCUCAGCGCCAUGUUGAUGGAUCCACAACGCAGCCUGCUUCCCAAGGCAAGAGCAUCCAACAGGGCAAGAGCGGCUACACCAAUGAGAAAGAAGCAACCAGGACUGAAGGGAAUGGGGCGAAACGGCCACGGGAAGAGCGCAGGAACAGCCAACAACCCCAGCAGAAGAAGCCUGAGCGGAAGAGAGACCCGAAACCCGGGUAUUGCGAGAACUGCAGGGACAAAUUUGAUGACUUCGAAGAGCACACCCUCACGAGGAAGCACCGCCGGUUUGCGGCCAACUCGACCAACUGGGCCGAGCUGGAUGCAUUGCUCUUUGAUAUCCAACGGCCUCUGAAGGAGGAAUACCGAUUCGAUGAUUAG